GGGAGCGGCGAGGUCUGACGGGCAGGGCUGGGCGGCUCAGGGCGUGCGGGGCGAAGGCUCGGUCUCGGUCGCAACGCGGCACAGGACAGCUCGACGGGGGAGCGGCUGUAGUCGGUAGCGCCUUCCCUCAUCUCCGGUCUGCUCGAGCAGAGGCGGCGGCUCCACCACGAAGGCGAGAUGGAGGCCAAUACUUGCAAACAGGAUGUACUCCAGAAGAAGAAGAAUGCCAUUUUGGUGGAUGGAGUCAUCUUAAAUGGUCCAAUAACUGACUCAAAAGCAGGAGAAAAAUUUGUGGAAGAGGCUUGUAAGAUCAUAAUGGAAGAAAUAAUCCAGAAAGCUGAUGAUGUUACAGAAAAGGUUUGUGAAUGGCGGGCACCUGAAACACUGAAGAAGAUUCUUGAUCUGGAAAUGAGAGACACUGGAGAAUCUCAUCAGAAACUCUUGCAACUCUGCCAAGAUGUGAUACAGUACAGCGUCAAAACCAAUCAUCCAAGAUUUUUCAAUCAGCUGUACGCUGGAAUAGAUUAUUACUCAUUAGUGGCUCGUUUCAUUACUGAAGCAUUGAACCCAAGUGUAUAUACAUACGAAGUAUCCCCUGUAUUUCUGUUAGUGGAAGAAGCAGUCAUCAAGAAAAUGAUUGAGUUCAUAGGCUGGGAAGACGGUGAUGGCAUAUUUAAUCCAGGUGGCUCUGUUUCUAAUAUGUAUGCUAUGAACUUAGCAAGAUACAAAUUUUGUCCAGAGAUAAAAGAAAAAGGGCUCUCAGGUUUGCCAAGACUAGUCCUGUUUGCUUCAGAAGAGUGUCAUUACUCCAUGAAGAAGGCAGCCUCUUUCCUGGGUAUUGGUACAGAGAAUGUUUACUUCGUCAAAACAGAUGAAAGAGGUAAGAUGAUACCUGAGGAACUGGAGAAACAAGUCCAACGGGCCAGGAAAGAGGGGUCAGCACCAUUUCUUGUCUGUGCUACUGCAGGCACAACAGUACUGGGAGCAUUUGAUCCUCUGGAUAAAAUUGCUGAUAUCUGUGAAAAGCAUGACCUUUGGCUUCAUGUUGAUGCUUCUUGGGGUGGCUCAGCUUUGAUAUCGAGGAAGCAUCGCAAACUUCUUCAUGGUAUCCAAAGGGCAGAUUCUGUUGCCUGGAAUCCCCAUAAAAUGCUGUUGGCAGGAAUUCAGUGCUGUGCUCUUCUGGUGAAAGACAACUCUGGUCUCCUGAAGAAGUGUUACUCUGCCAAGGCUGCGUACCUGUUCCAGCAGGACAAGUUCUAUGAUGUCAGCUAUGACACUGGCGACAAGUCCAUUCAGUGCAGCAGACGUCCGGAUGCAUUCAAAUUCUGGCUCAUGUGGAAAGCAUUGGGAACCACAGGCCUCGAGGAGAGAGUGAACAGAGCACUGGCUUUGGCUAGAUAUCUUGUAGAAGAAAUUAAGAAAAGAGAAGGAUUUCAGCUUCUUUUGGAGCCGGAGUACGCAAAUGUUUGUUUUUGGUACGUUCCACCAAGCUUAAGAAAAAUGGAGGAUGGACCUGAAUUUUGGCAGAAGCUACACCAGGUUGCUCCCGUAGUUAAAGAAAGGAUGAUGAAGAAGGGCAGCAUGAUGCUUGGGUACCAGCCUAACCAAGGCAAAGUCAACUUCUUCCGCCAGGUGGUGAUCAGCCCGCAAGUGAGUCGAGAGGACAUGGACUUUCUGCUGGAUGAGAUAGAACUGCUUGCCAAGGACUUGUAGCUGUAGCUCUACAGCACCAGGCACUGCUUGUGUGUGAUAAUUAUGGUGACAGAAUGGCGGCAGUGUUCUGGUGCUAUUUUGUGAACGGUAGUAAAAAGCUUGACGUAUAGUUUGGAAACUAUCAUUUAACAUUGUGACGUUCAGAGUUUUGCAGGUAGAAUACCCCUCCACAGGAAAGUAUUUGCUGAUGGGGGCUGGGACAGAGCAAUGCCUGCAGCACCACCGCCAUUCUGGGAAGUGUUUCCUGGAACAGGGAGCACUUCUGAAAAUGGUGUCUGUAUCCCAGAAGUUUGCUGUUCAUGGGGUGCCUGCGUAGCUCAGACUGAUUGCUUAUAUAGGCAGGCAAUACUCCUCUGAAGUUACUGUUAGUAGCAAAUAUAGCUCAGUGAGCUUUAAAACGCUCAUUAGUACUCUGUCUACUCUGUCAAUAUUUUAGUUUGGUAUGAGCUUAAGAGUAGAGACCUGGCUGAUAUUUACACUGACAAGACUGGAAAUUGUGAACUUAAAUGAAGAGCUCCUCAAGGCCUCUAAUUAGGUGAGUUGCCCAGAUUUUCCACUGUGAUCACCAUGAGGCAGUAGAACGAGGGCCUGGUGAGGCUGUGCUGUCACCGUCCUUAAAGUCUGAAGGACCUGGCUGGACAAAGCCCCCAGGAGUCAACAGUGACCUUGAUUCUACCUUGAGACAGUAGAACUAGAUGACCUUUUAAGGUCCCUUCCAAACUGAAUGAUUUGUGAUUCUGUGAAAUCAAAUGUUUGGGUCUGGUCAUUGUUUGCCAACAUUGCCUACACUGCAAUAGCAGAGCUGAGAAUAUUGGAAGUGUCUGAGAAAUUCUUACCUCUUUGGUAACAGGAGUCAUCUAUAAUUUCCAAACUAUAUUUAAAGCGUAAAUAUUUAUUUAAUGGAUUAAGAUGCACUUUAAAAUUAUAACAGAUGAAAAAAGUAUAUUUACGUGAAAGAGAUGUAUUUUUAAAUGUGGUGACUAUAUGUUAAAAGGAUAGAAAAGUGUCAGUUUUCACUGUCAAUCUAUAUUUGCCUACAGAUUUGAGAUGACUUGAUUUCUCAUUAUCAGUGCAUAAUUUAUACUUUGGCACUGAAAUCAACAUGGAGGUGAUCAGUGAAAGCCGAUCUGUCCUUAUGAUGGGAGCCAUCCAAGUAUUUUUUGUUAAUCUUACGUUGCAAAGUUAAGUUCUAAACUUUGUAUUUGUGUUGAGAAUUAUAGUAUCCUUUUGAUUUGUUGUCAUUCUAGCUUUAAAAGGGGCAGUUUUCUAAAGCUAGAAAUGUGUUUCUUGGGAUGAAGAAGCAGAAGGUUAAUGAGAAUAACAUCGUCUGAUCAACACAUGCUUACUUUAUCAUUUUGAUGUUUGUUCUUUAUUCUGUAUUUGAGGUAGCACUGACCAAUGCAAAGCUUUCUGCUGUGAUGUAUUGCUGAAAGUUGUCUUUAAACACAAUGCUUUUAUAUUUUCAUUUCCUACAUUGUACUAGGAUCCAUCAUCGCGUGACAUUCCUACUUCUCACCUCCAGGAUGAUGGUACAGAAAGUUUAGCAGGGUCAUGAUAACCUAGGAGGUCACACUGCCAGAGCAGUAGAUAGGAGGAAGAGUCAAAACUGCAGAACUUGACAGAUGUCUUUCACAGUGUCCUGGAAGUGAUUAUUCUGUUGCUAUUAUAGUGAGUCACUGGAUGUUAAGCUGAACUCCACAUUGAUAUUAACAUGAAAAUAAAUGGCACAACGUGGCCCCUUGAUUCUGCACUGUAAUAAUUGCAGAAUGCUUUAUCAUUUACUGCCUAGUGCUUCUGGGUAUAAUACCUGUUGUUAUGGUUUUGUAAUAUACAUAACUAAAUUCAGGGCCCACAAAACUUAUUUUGCUUCCCAGCCACUCUGGGUGGAAUGCAGAGCAUGGUAAGGGAUGCCAGAUGGAUGCGAUGACUUCUCUGUUGCUUCCUAAGGUGGAUAGGACUGUUAACCCUUCACUUUUUCUUUUGUGUCCUUGAAGGGAAAGACAGGAUAUGGUGUCAGGAUUCUUUUAUUGUUAUCCAGAGUCUUAGUGAGUACUUAAUUUUUGACUCAGAGGAAGCGUGUCACUUGCCAUCAGCUAAAAGUUUGACCUGGUGUUUUGUGACACCACUGCUAUCAAAGAAGUGUUGUAUCUUUCCGUGUUAGCACAUUUUUCUUUUUCCAGAUUCUGUGGUACUUCUGGCACGUGUUGGGCUGCAGUAGCAGUUUAUCCUGUGUCAGCAUUGGCUAUAGUUCUUUUUGUAAAUGAGGGGAAAAUUGAACUUUCUCAGUGUUUGCAGAAAGCGUGUCUCAGAUCAACAUGUGCACCAGUGUCUUCAAAGGUAUGGUUUAACCUUCCAGUGUGAUGCAUGUGCCUUAUCUGAUGUCUGUAUAUCUUCUCAUGUUUCUGACCCUUUAUCAUGUCCAUUGCGCUCAGUAUAGUGGUCUCAUUUCAGGACUAACACAAUUUUUUUCAUAGUUGCUUAUUUAGGAUUGGUAUGUAUGAAAUGGCUAUUUUGUAGCUGAUGAUUUUAAUAAAAAGUGAAGUAAAUUACA